AUGAAUUCACUACCCCGAAUAGUUAUUUGCCAACGUAAAUUAGUAGUCCGUCCGUUUUAUUGGAAUGUUAUUCGGUAAGAGACAAUUCUGAAGACCAAUUUUCAAAUGGCUAAUGUUUCAGUUUGACUUCUUAUGGUCCUCCGCCUUCGACGCCACCAAAACCCGGGUCUUUAACCUACAAGUACGAAAAUUUUCUUGGCCGUUGGCCAAAAGUCCUUGCCAUGCAUCGAACCAUCGUCGAUGGUUUGUUGCCAUGAAAAGUUACAAAUGUCCUCAAAUAUUUUACAUGUUCCCGUUGGUGUUUCGCUGACGUGAAGACGUUUUUUGGCACGAAAAAGGCCUUGUUUCAAGGCGAGAAAAAGCUCAAAGACUUGGAAGUUCCACAGCUCGAAGUUCUUGUCCAAGUUCGUUUUUAAUUCUUAUUUUCACUAUUUCUGAAUUUGUCUGUGUUCAUGUGUCUGAGUGCAUGAUCAAGAACACUUUUUCCAAUAGUUUCCUUCGAAACUUUCGUUUUGACAUAGAGCAGCGGGGAGUUGCUCAAAAUGAUCUCUCUUCUCGUCGUUCUUCAAAUCCCUGGGCCUGGCGAUAUUCUAAUUAUCAUGUUGUGAGUUCAAACAAUUUUUCUAACGACUUCGGCAAAAACGUAGAAGGGAAGACGUAUAUUCAGUUCGUUGAGGUUUCUUUCGAUACGAUUUUAGGAUUUUUUGCUUCCAUCUUUGGUGUUCUCGGGAAACUUGGAUAUGGUUUUGCAAGAAGAAAUCAUUAUCUUUUCAUAUUUUCUUGUCCGUUUGCACUUGUCCUUUUUUAUGCUAACCUUUCCCGUGUGUUAAAAAAGAAUCCUUCAGAGGAAAGCGUUUCUGAGUAUUUUUUUUUCAUUUUCCAAACUUUUCGGUGGUAUGAAAAAAAGACCAGCGAAAAUUCAAACGGCUUUUCCGUUUUUUUCAUAUCGCUGAGGAACUUCCCGACGGCCACCUUUCCGACUUUUUUUCCUCGAUAAAAUCUUCGCUUUAAAUCUUCCUUCAUAGAUUAGGUAGUUGGUUCAUGAUUAAAACACCAAGAAAUAAGAAAAAAAUGUUUAUAGAUGUUUUAUAAACCAAAAAACAUAAGGGAAAAAAGUCGGAACGGAUUCCGUCGGAAAGCUCCCUAGCGAUAUGAAAAAAUCGGAAAAGUCGCCUUGAAUUUUCGCUGGUGUUUUUUCAUACCACCGCUUUUCAAGCCUUAUUUUUCAUUUUGUCCGAAAGCCAUUUUCUAGUUGGUAGCAUCCUGAAGCGCAUUAUUGCAGAUGUCAAGCGAAGCACCCAAAUUGACGAUGGUCACUGUAUUGUUGCCUCUGCCCUUUGCCUUCUACGUUUUUGCCUUAGCGGUGUACGUGACGCUUAUCUGAAUAGCUUGUAACGACGCCUUCUUCCAGAAUCUUCUUCCCACGACUCGUGCUUACGCGCCAUUUUUGGUCGGAUCGGCAGCGGCGCGAAUAUUUCCAGCUCGAGGUCACCAAGUCGCUGGUCAAUGGUGAACAGCUCGUCAAAAGCCUUGGAAAUGUAGGAUUUUUAAUGCCGAAAUUAUUAGUUUUCAAGAAAGAUUAGGUUCUGAGUGAAAUCACAAACAGAAAAGGGAUUCUGAAAAUUCCUCGAUUUUUAUGUGGAGACUAUUUUCGAAGCAUUUUUGUCUUCGCUGAGUUAAUAGUUCACUAAUAUUUAAAGGCAUAGGGGCAGUAAAAAAAUGGGGUUUCAGGUGAAAGCAGCAUCUUAUAUAGUUUUUUAUUGCGAAUCGAAUGGUGUACUCAAAAAAAUUACAGAUGUGACAACUUUAGAAGAAAAACGCGAUUUCACUUUCCCGCCUUUAAUUUUGAAAAAAGCUUUGGAUCGGUAUGCAGACAACUGUUUACAGUAGCCGUGCACGAGAUGUUGCGGACGUCUUAUUAGACUCGCAUUUUGUAUGAAAUAACCGGCUAUCUGCUUCAAAUUAAGGGUUUCUUCUCUGAAAAAUUGAUUAAGAAAACCGAAAACACACAGUGAUAAUAAAGAAAACACAAAUAAUCGCUAUCCCAAUCGAAACCUGUGUAAAAUCAUCAUUUUUCACCAGAAAAGCUUUUUUGCGAUCAAAGUUUGCAAAUUAUACAUGAAUCGAAGGCUUUGGUGACGAAAAAAACUCUGGUGACAACAGAAAAAAUUGAAAAUUAAAAGAAACGAAGAAAAAAGCGAAAAUCCGGAAGAUGGCGAACCCUGUUGUCCAUAGAGCAACUUUACUGCAAAGUGCCCUUUUCGCGGGAACUCAAACUUUCCUCUUUCCGACUUUGAAUUAUUUUUUCUCCAAAACGAUGAAGUUCUGUACGUUUCCAAGUUCACCGUUCGAUUUUCAAUGAAAAGCUCUACAAAAUACUGCUUUGAACUGGAACACCGUUUUUUACUGCCCCUAUGCCUUUAAAUCUAGUUGAAAAUGUAUCAUGAGAAAAAAUGAUUUUUCAGCCUCGCAAACCCGAAGAUCUGAGUUCGAAGGAGCCCUCGGCUCUCGCUUUGAAUGAGAAAGUAGGUUUUUAUAACUCGAAAGAACUUUUCCAGAGCUUCUGCUUGAUUAAAAGUUUUACUCAUGAAAAGAACCGGCACAAUUUAUAGCCCUAUAGUUCAAAUGGCAAAUUAAGUAAUUUUACGUCACUUUGCACUCUGAAAUUUCCUAAAAACCAGUCUGUGCACUAUAAAUGGAACAUAUAGGGGUCCUAGAAACCUGCUGAAGGGAUUAUUUCGAAACUUUAGGCCGUUUUUUUGGAAGAAAGAACAGCUUUUAGAAAAUUAAAGAGUGAAGAGUAAAAAGUAAAGAUGUCGGAAAAACCGCAUUCGGACUUCAAAAUUCAUCAAGAUUGUGAUUUUUCAAGUAUCUUGAAAAAUUAGCGGCGCUGGUCUUCACGCCUACCUGUCUACUUAUCGUUUUCUAAUGAUGUUUCAUCAGAAUUUUCAUUUUUGUAUCUUUGGUUUUUUUUUUCCCAAUUCUGAUGCCUGUAUGACCACUCAAAUUAAUUACGGAAUACAUUUACAGUACCUGCUCCAAGCUCUGCACUCGAUAUUGUUGUUGCCGGGCUCAGAAAGGCGUUUGAAGGCUCGAAUCAACGCCCUGAGACAGUUGGACGCGGUUCUCCCCGCUGUAAUCGAUGAUCUCACCGAACGGCAGCUCGUCUUUGUAAGAGAUUAUUUUCUUCUCAAUUUCACAGUUAUUCUCAGCAUACAUACAUACGGCGACUGAAUAUUGGCAGCAAAAGCGAGGAGCAACUACGGAAAUCUCUGAAAGACUACAUCAAAUACGGUUAUUUCUCAAAUGAUUAUUGAAACGCAUAAAUUUCCCAUAAGAAACAGUUUUAUCGACUUCUAAACAUUUUCAACGAAGAAAAUUUUCAGUAUCCAAGUUGGACGACACCGCGUAUCUCUACGCUCCGGUUUUCAUCAAUCGAGCUUAA